AUGGACUUGGAUCCCACGCCCGACCACUACAAGGCCCUCGGCCUCGACAGGAGUGCCACCGCCGCGAUCAUCAAGUCCACAUACCGCAAACUGGUACUCAAGUGCCAUCCCGAUAAAGUCACAGACCCCGCAUUGAAGGAGCAGAAGCAGGAGGAGUUUCACCGCAUCCAGCAAGCCUACGAAUGUCUCAUCGACGACGAAAAGCGGGCUCACUACCACGCAGUCCUCGAGCUUGAGAAGCUGCGCAAGGAAAAGGCCGCAAGACAAGCCGCUGCGCCACGCGACAGGACUGCGCGCUUCGACGUCCCAACACCUGGUGGUUCGUCUUUUACCGCAAAUGGUCCCACGCGAUACGCCACCGAGUACCGCGCACCUCAAUCGUCGCGUGACGAUGCCAGCCGUUAUCAGGAGCGUGAGCGUGAGCGUGAACGCUCCCACCACCAAGCUUACACACCUAAGCCUACUGCGCCACCCCGAUCCAGCCGUGAAAAAGAGUCUUCAAAAAGCAGCAGAUAUGCCAAGGAAGACCGUGGUCGAUCAGAACGUGAAAAGCCACGUGCCAAGGAGGUCCGCAGCGACCGCAAAUUCGCAUCUGCUGAGAGUGAAUCAUCAGCCGAUGAGAAGGCGCGCCACGAAUCGGGAUACAAGAUUCGCACUGAAGAAGAUGCUCGUCGCAAGGCUGCUGAAGAGCGCCGAUCCUACGAAGAGGCACGCCACACCACUCUUCCCACUCACCGUAAGAUGAGCGUACAGGCUGAGGAGGCACUUCGCUACCAGCACAAGUCGCGCGCGCAGGUUGAAGAGGAGAUAACGUCAUCUCGCCCUAUGCCUGCUAGAGCAUCCUCGCGCGAUUACUAUGCCGCCGAGCCCCGCUCUUCCCGCCGCGAGUCUUCUCGCGCUGAGGCUCCCGUACGUAGGUCUUCUGCCAGGCCCAACAAGGACCGCCCUUCAAUGUCGCGUCGCGAAACCGAUCGAACCGAUCGCGGUAUUCCCGAGGUCGUAGAUUGGGCUGAGGAGAGGCGCACUGAAGAGAGGCGCCCUCCUAUGUUCAAGCACUCGACAUCGUCACCCAUUGAGCUUGGACGUGGAAUCCCGCAGCGUUCCUACACCGAACGACUACCACGACGUACUGAGACUUCACCGCCCCCGGCACCACCGGCUUUCCACCGCUCAUCGACGAUGCCCCACCCAUCGUCCUCGCGCAGGAAGGAGUCCGCUGCGCCUCGAUCUUCUGGUCUACGCGAAACCACUACUUCUGAGCAAUACGUCAACCCCGAAAGAGAUGCCUUCCCUACCAUCCCACCGGUACAGCAGACUACGCCCAGCAGCACCAAGAAGGUUUACUAUUACCCGGUCAGUGGAGGUGGUGUCUCUGUCCGCCCGGAAGAAAUUCCAACCGCCGCUCGUCACGUGCCGCGCGAACCAUCACGCUACCAACGGUCGCCAUCGCCAUCGCCAAUCGGCAAACCCCCGAUUGGCGCUAACCGUCCGGUAGAGCCCACCACUUCCUACAAGACGGCGCCGCGCCCAUCCAUGCCGAGCCGCAACGAGUCGUACCGUACAGUGUCGCCCGUUCGUGGCUCCGAAGAUCGCGGACGUUCUGGAAGACCCAAGCUCUACGGAGAAAUUGGACGCCAGCCUAGCUUCGACCCCAACGAUGUGCAGUUCAGUCGCCGAUAUGGCCCAGAAGACGUCAGAUGGGCGCCCAGAUCCGGCGAGCCUGACAAAGGAUACUCUACUAAGCCUUCUUUGGGCAGAACUGCAACAUAUGUCUACUAG